AUGCCGCUUAGGUUGGACAUCCGUCGAGAACUGACCGCUCGAAGCGAACGAGUCAAAUCGGUCGAUCUUCAUCCCACCGAGCCAUGGCUGCUCUGCUCCUUGUAUUCCGGACAGGUCCACAUUUGGAACACGACCAGUUCUACUCUUAUCAAAAACUUUGAAGUAUGCGAUCUUCCAGUCAGAGCGGCGAAAUUCGUGCCAAGAAAGAAUUGGGUGGUUUCGGGAUCAGACGAUAUGCAUGUGCGCGUUUUCAACUACAACACUCUCGAAAGACAACACGCUUUUGAAGCCCAUUCAGAUUAUAUCAGAUGUAUUGCCGUACAUCCCUCCCAGCCGUUCAUUUUAACUUCCUCCGACGACAUGCUGAUCAAACUGUGGGACUGGGAAAAGAAAUGGCAGUGCCAGCAAGUGUUCGAGGGCCACACGCACUACGUCAUGCAAGUCGUCUUCAACAGGAAAGACGCGAACACCUUCUGCUCGGCCUCGCUGGAUCGAACGCUCAAAGUCUGGCAGCUGGGCUCCAACCAGCCGAAUUUCACUCUUGAAGGGCACGAGAAGGGAGUCAACUGCGUCGACUACUACUCCGGUGGCGACAAGCCUUACCUCAUCUCUGGCGCUGACGAUCGCCUCGUGAAGAUUUGGGACUACCAGAACAAGACCUGCGUCCAAACACUCGAUGGACACUCACAAAACGUCACAGCAGUCUGCUACCACCCCGAGAAGCCGAUCAUCAUGUCCGGCUCUGAAGACGGAUCGCUGCGAAUCUGGCACUCGAACACUUACCGACUUGAAGACACGCUGAGCUACAAUUUGGAGCGCGUCUGGUGCGUCCAGGCGAUGAAGGGAUCCAACUCCGUUGCGAUCGGUUACGACGAAGGAACCAUCCUCAUCAAAAUGGGAAAAGACGAGCCGGCAGUGACGAUGGACGCCAAGGGAAAAAUCAUCUGGUCGAGGAACUCCGAGCUCUGCCACACAUCUCUGCAAGGCCUUGACUUCAGCACAGUCCGCGAUGGAGAACGAAUCGUCCUUCCCGUCAAAGACGGAAGCGCGGCUGAAAUCUUCCCACAAACACUGCAGCACAACGCUAAUGGACGAUUCGUCGUCGCAUGUGGCGAUGGAGAGUACAUCAUUUACACUUCCAUGGCUCUCAGAAACAAAGCCUUUGGCAGCGCGCUAGAAUUCGUCUGGUCCUACAAUGCGGCCGAAUUCGCCGUUCGAGAGUCCUCCCAAACCGUCAAAAUCCACAACAUGAACAAGCCCAAAGACGCGAAAUCCUUCAAGCCAGAGUUCGGCGCCGACCAGAUCUUCACCGGUCCAAUUUUGGGCGUCCGCGGCGGCGACUCGCUCGCCUUCUACAGCUGGGAAGACCAGUCUCUUGUUCGAAGAAUCGAAAUCGACGCCAAGCAAGUUUUCUGGAGCGAGAACCAUGAUCUCGUCGCGCUUUGCUCAGAUGAAUCUUUCUACGUCUUGAAAUACAACGCUGAACACAACGAAGAACCAGAUGAGGACGGAUACCCAGACGCCUUCGAAGUCUUGGGAGAAAUCGAAGAAACAGUCAAGACCGGAGUCUGGGUGGGCGACUGCUUCAUCUUCACCAACGCGUUGAACCGACUGAACUACUACGUCGGCGGCGAAAUCGUCACAGUGGCUCAUUUGGAGAAGCCACUUUAUCUCCUCGGUUACCUGCCCGAUGUCAACCGAGUCUUCCUCGCUGAUGCGGAGCUCAACGUCAUUUCCUACAACGUCGAACUUUCUAUUCUUCAGUAUCAGACGGCUGUGAUGCGCCAAGACUUCGACACUGCCAACGAAGUGCUUCCAUCGAUUCCAAAAUCAGCUAGAUCGCGAGUCGCUCAUUUCCUCGAAAAGCAAGGCUUCAAGAAGCAAGCCCUCGCCGUCACCACCGAUCCAGAGCAUCAAUUCGACCUUGCCCUCCAGCUCGGCGAGCUUGACAAAGUCGUCGAAAUCGCAAAAGAAAUCGACUCCGUUGAAAAGUGGCGAAGCGUCGCCGAUUUGGCGACAAAGAACUGCGAAUUAAAACUUGCCUCCGAAGCGCUUCGAAAAGCAAAGGAUCAUGGAGGUCUUCUCCUUCUCGCCACCAGCGCUGGUGAUGCCCAAGCGGUCACCAAUCUCGCCAACGACGCCGAAGCAGAAGGAAAAUUCAACGUCGCCUUCUUGAGCCACAUGCUUACCGGCAAUUUGACGGCUUGUUUGAACCUGCUUCUUUCUGCCAACAGACUUCCAGAAGCCGCCAUGUUCUGCAGAACUUACCUGCCGUCCGAAGCUCAACGAGUCACUACUCUUUGGAAAGAAAGCUUAUCCGGAAAACACGCAGAAGCGAUCGCGGAGCCGGAGAAGUACGCAAAUCUUUUUGGCGAAUAUGAAGACUCACUUAGAGCGGAAAAAUAUUACAACGAGAACAAAACGAGGGAAUUUGCUUCUGAGUACCCGGAAAUGACGGCGAUUACGGAGCGCGAUUUGAUCGAGGAAUCGAUAGGAAUGGAGAUCGAGGAAGACGAGCAACAGGAAGAAGAAGAGGAAGAAGCUGCUGCCGAUGAGGAGGAGGAAGAAGAAGUAGAAGAAACCAGUGUUGGAAACGAAGCUGCAGAUGAAUCAGACGCCAAAGCAGCUGAAACGAACCAAAGCGAGAGCUCAAACCAAGCCUCCCCGGCCGAGAUCAUCUCCGAUUCCGAAGUCGCCGCGCUAGAAGCCGAGCUAGACAACAUCGACGUCAACGAAGAUGACGUCGACGACCUUGACUCCGAAGAUCUUGACUUUGAGUAA